CGGUCAGAGCGGUUGCUCAUUGUAGCUGCUCUUCCCGCUGUAAUGUAGCGCAACUGAAAUAACCCUAACGUUCGAUGUGUUUUAUUAAACUAAAUAACACUUAACCUUUAUUGACUCGUCAAAUUGUGGAGGUCACAUUCUCCCUGGAUUAUGGGGGACAAGGCCGGCACCCGGGUGUUCAAGAAGUCCAGUCCGAAUUGCAAGAUUACAGUAUACUUGGGGAAAAGGGAUUUUGUGGAUCAUUUGGAUCAGGUGGAUCCUGUAGAUGGAGUUAUUCUGGUAGAUCCUGAAUAUCUCAAAGACAGAAAAGUAUUUGUGACGUUAACCUGUGCCUUCCGUUAUGGACGGGAGGACCUGGAUGUUCUUGGACUUUCCUUCCGGAAAGAUCUCUACAUAUCCACGUUUCAAGCUUUCCCACCUAUAGCGGAGGAGCGCAAGCCCAACAGUCGUCUUCAGGAGAGACUCCUGAAGAAAUUGGGGCAGCAGGCUCAUCCUUUUCACUUUACUAUCCCUCAAAACUUGCCAUGUUCAGUUACCCUGCAGCCUGGUCCUGAGGACACUGGAAAGGCCUGUGGGGUAGAUUAUGAGAUAAGAGCUUUCUGUGCCAGGUCUGUGGAGGAGAAGAUUCAUAAACGAAAUUCUGUCCGAUUAGUGAUUCGUAAAGUGCAGUAUGCUCCUGAGAAGCCUGGUCCUCAGCCAAUGGUGGAGACAACACGGAGCUUCCUGAUGUCUGACCGCUCUCUGCAUCUAGAAGCGUCUCUAGAUAAAGAGCUGUAUUAUCACGGGGAGCCCAUCAGUGUGAACGUUCAUGUCACCAACAACUCGACCAAGACUGUCAAACGAGUCAAAAUAUCAGUGCGGCAGUAUGCUGACAUCUGUCUGUUCAGCACAGCUCAGUACAAAUGUCCAGUGGCUCAGCUUGAGGCAGAUGACCAGGUAUCAUCCAGCUCCACAUUCUGUAAGGUGUACACUCUCACUCCCACCUUGAAUAAUAACCGAGAGAAGCGAGGCCUGGCUCUGGAUGGCAAGCUCAAACACGAAGAUACCAACCUGGCCUCCAGCACCAUUGUUAAAGAUGGAUGUAAUAAGGAGGUUCUUGGAGUUCUGGUGUCGUAUCGAGUCAAAGUUAAGCUGGUCGUCUCCCGUGGAGGACUUUUAAGCAGCUUACUGGAGAGAGACGUCUCAGUCGAGCUGCCGUUUGUCUUAAUGCAUCCUAAACCCGUAGAUGUUCCCACUUCUCGACCAGCCUCAGCUGUGCCAGAGGCAGACCCUCCUAUCGACACCAACCUCAUAGAGUUUGACACAAAUAGCUUCACCCAAGAUGAUGACCUGGUGUUUGAAGAUUUUGCCCGUCUGCGGUUAAAAGGAACCACUGAUGAUAAAGAUGAGGACUGCUGAGCCUUCUUUCCUCCUUCUUGUUCUUUUUUUCCCCCUACUCAGCCCAGAAACUUACAGCAUGAAGAAAAAUCACCAACUAAUUUACUCAAAAAGAACAAUCUUUCAUAACAAAUCUCCUUCCUAAUCAUCUUAUCAUUCCUUUGAUGAAGCAGUGUUUUGCCAACAUUUUCCCAAUGCUAAAAGGAUCAUUUGAGGAAAGGUGCUGUAACUUAGAGCAUUGAACAAAGGAAAAAAGGAGAAUUAACUUCCUUUUCUUAUGAGUAAAUAAUGACCUCAUGUGAUUCUUGUGCCAACUGUCGAUGUAGGAAAUCUAGAUGCCGCAUUAGCCACUGUCAUUGACUACUUUGAUAUGUCAGUAACUGCACAUAGAUCAGUUCAAGUCUAGGGAGAGACGCAGGUAGUAUGUUCAUUCUCACUAAAUCAGCUUGGUUACAGACUAAUAAAUUUCUGCAUGUUGUGGGUAAUGUAAAUAUACCUGCAUUGCCGAUAAUUUGAUUAAGCCUAACUGCUGAGAGACUUAGGCAAAGCAAUGGGAUGUCUGCUAAUAUGCAUUUGGACAGAAAUGAUCAUAAAACAUAAGACCUACCAGUCUUGAGCAUGCAUUUUACUAGUAUUAAUGCGGUUAAUCUACUACACAAUUAUGAGAAUAAAAGCCUAGUAGUAAUAAUAAAAAUAAAAAUCAGAGUAGAUAUCUGAAAUUUGUUUUUUUUAGUUAAUAAAACAUUAAUCCAGGAACAAGAUUACCUAAAAACAUAAAGUAUAAGCAUCAUGUAGACAUGGCUUUACAAACAACAUUUUAAUCACAGGGUAGCACAGUGGCGCAGCGGAUAGCGUUGCUACCUCACAGCUCCAGGCCCAAUCCUGAGCUCUUGUUACUGUCUGUGCAGAGUUUCUUAUCUUCUGCCCUUGUCUGCAUGGGCUUCCUCCCACCUCCCAAAAAUAUGGGAGGGUUGAAUGUGUGUGCAUGGUGCCCUGUGGUGGACUGGUGUCCUAUUCAGGGUGUGUUCCCAACUCUCACCCAGUGUUCUCAGGAUAGGCUACAGAUCCACCACAACCCUGAUAGUAUAAAACUGUUCCAGAAGAUGAAUUAACAUUCAUCGUAAAUUGAACAAGUAACAUGUAAGCUAUGACAUGGUAAUAAUAAACAGCCUGCGUAAGUAAAUGGUACUUACUGAGAAAUCCAACGACAAAUCUUAUUGCAAAACUUAUCGUACUGUUCUACACUACCAGACAUUAACAUUAGGCAAUAAAUUAGGCAGUUAGAGAAGCUCUCACCCAUUAAAGUUAUACGCAGUAAACCCACUUCGUCAGCAGCUGUAACCCUGCCGUAAAGUCCCCCAUAAAAUGAAAAUGCACAUUUUCAGAGAUUUGUCAAAAGUGAAUCUGCGUUCUCUUGCUUUGAGAUGUCGGUGAUUCUUGUAUCUUGCUGCAAAUUGUUCUGACUCCAUAGAGUCAGUCUUGUCUGUUUUAGCCUAAUGUGGCAUCUAGGUGUCCUACAUGGUGCCAACCUUUAGAGGUUAAAUACAAGAAAUGGAUUUGGAAAAAAAUCCAAAUUGCGAGAACUUGUUUUGUUGUUCUAUGAUAUCCUGAAGUUGAUUUUGAAAUGCCUUUUUAGCUUAAUUUCUACAAUGUGUUUUGACAUUAGUAAAUGAGUGUUAAUAAUCUUAAUUAUUAUGAGUUACAACACAAACAUGAUGAAAAAAUAACUGUAUUGGGAAUCCCAGGCGAAGCACUCCCACGCACAACCUCUUUGCCCUGCAUCAUGUUUUACAAAGAGCUCAUUAGCUAACGGUUUAGCGGUUAAACUUGAUUAAUACUAAUAGGAUGUCUGUUUGUGUUGUCCAUAGUAUACUGUGUCCAACCCUCAGGUACACUGGCUCAUUCCUUCUUCAUUCAGAGAUGUGACAGAAUCGGUGCUGAUAUGGAGUGCGCUUCAGUCGAGCUGUAAUGGCCGUCUGCACAUUGGAAGGGCGUUUACAUUUACCCUACAGCACCUUCAUGUGUAAAUAAACAUGCUACUUUUGGUGAAAAAAUUCAUCAUGUCUCAGACGGAAAAAAUAAGUAUAAUUAUCUUCAUGUUAAUACGAGUUUAAUAACUGUGACGUCAUUGUUUUCCAUUUUUUUAUUUCAGAAUUUAUUUAAUUUUUUAAAUAAAAAUAUAAAAUGCCAAA